AUGACACCCCCCACUCCAUAUUUAACAGGAAAUGACUGGGCGGAGUGCGGGGGGAACCUCAUCUUGUAUUCAGCCAUGGAAAGGAUACCGCUGCUGCUCUGGGUGUGGCUGGCCCUCCUGUGUGGCCCUAGUGCAGCAAGUUCCUGUGGGAAGGAAUUUAUCACAGCCUUCCUGCAGAAUAGCUGGGAAACCCAAGCUAAUCCCAAAUUUGAGCUGCUUAUCACUGGAUAUCAUUCUGCAACCACCGUCACAGUGUCAGUGAGCAAGCAAAUGUUCAGAACCACUUCUGUCAAUGAAGGACAGACAGUGUCCAUUGUGGUCCCAAUCUCCCUCGAGAUGGUGGGGACUGACAUUUUUGAUGGGGCUGUGUUGAUCCAAGCUGACAAAAACAUCACGGUCUUCUCCCGCAACUACAAAUGGCAAACAACUGGAGCCACAGCUGUGUACCCUGUCCAACAGCUGGGCACAGUGUAUUAUGUGGUGACUCCAGUGGGCGACAUGUCAAAUACGUUCAAGGAAUUUGCAGUUGUCACCUAUCAGUUCCCCACUAGAGUUGACAUCCAUCUGAAAGGGACUGUGAUAUUCAAAGGGCGGGUUUAUCCUGCCGGGAGCAGACUUGUUGCUGACCUUGAGGCCUUCCAAGCAAUCCAGUUGCAAAGCUCAGUGGAUUUAUCUGGCACCAGAGUUGAAUCAGACCAACCUGUGGCUGUCCUGAGUGGGCACAGUUGUGCUUGGAAACUCACAAGCUGUGACCAUGUUGUUGAACAGCUCCUGCCAGUUUCCAGCUGGGGUACCACUUUCAUUGUUCCCCCAUUGUGCUUCCAAAGUAGAUUUGACAUUGUGUAUAUAACCAGCUCCCAGAACACUUACAUCAAAUACCAAUCUGGGAACGCCCAAGAUUCCCAUAAUCUGAUAGCUGGGCAAGUUAUCAAGUUAGACAUGCCAAGCUCUCAGCCAAUUUACAUCUCCGCUAGUGCUGGAAUCCAGGUCCUUUUCUUCUUCGCUGGUGCCACAAGAGGAAGUGAAGCCUACGACCCCUUCCUCAUCAAUAUCCCAGCCUUAACAAGUUAUUAUGUGUCGUAUCACAUUGAUGGAAUGUCCCAAUUUUAUAAUCAUGCAAUCAUCAUUGCCAACACCACAGAAUCCAGUGGGAUCACAUUAGAGAAGAAGCCCAUUGAAAAUAUCCAGUGGAGGCCGAUCCGUGGCACAGAAUAUUCUUGGGCUGAGCACAGCCUGGGCAAAGAAGGCCAUGCCCUUUCCCUAGAGCACGCCAGCACUCCUUUUGGACUCUUGAUCUUUGGAGUCUCACAGUAUGAUGGGUAUGGCUCGGUGGCUCUUUGUUCCUGCAGUAAACCAGUACCCUCAUGCAGCUUGAUCCAGUGCAGAAAGAAAGAGAAGUGUGAAAUGAUAGAUGGUCAACCAGUGUGUGUGCCUGAGUCUGAAUCCACCUGCUGGGCUCAAGGAGACCCUCAUUAUCACACCUUUGAUGGGAAGAAUUUUGACUUCAUGGGCACCUGCACCUACACCAUUGCCAAGACUUGCAGUCUAGAUCCAACUCUUCCUUCCUUCAGUGUUGAGGCCAAGAAUGAGAACAGGGGAAAUACUCGUGUUUCUUACAUUGGUUCUGUCACAGUCAGAGUCUAUAACAUUACCAUUUCUGUGGCCAGAAAUGAGGUUGGACAUGUGAGGGUGAAUAACCAGCGGACCCAGCUGCCCAUUUCCCUGCAUAAGGGGAAACUGAAGGGUUACCAGAGCGGGAACUCUGUCCUUAUUGAGACUGACUUCUACCUGUGGGUCUCCUAUGACUGGAACAGCUACCUGGUGGUGAAGAUCUCCAGCAGCUUUUCAGAGAGCAUCUGUGGCCUUUGUGGCAACUACAAUGAAGACCCAAAAGAUGACUUCACCAUGCCUGAUGGGAACUUGGCUCCCAGUCCUGUGGAAUUUGGAAGAAGCUGGAAGGUGGAGGAUGGUGAUAGGUUCUGCUGGGAUGACUGUAAUGGGGAAUGCAAAAGCUGCCCACCUGAGAUAGCCAACAAGUAUGAAGCAGAGCCAUUCUGCGGCUGGAUUAGCAAAGGGGGAGAUGGCCCAUUCAGCCAGUGCCACUCUGUGAUUGACCCUAAGAUCAUUCUAGACAACUGCGUCUAUGAUCUUUGCUUGAACGAUGGCCUCAAGGAUGUGCUGUGCGAGGCCCUGAAGAACUAUGCAGAUGCUUGCCAAAAAGAGGGGAUUGCUGUUUCUGAUUGGAGGUCACUCACUGGUUGCUCUCUACCCUGCCCUGAGAACAGCCAGUACAAGGCCUGUGGAUCUCCAUGUCCUGCCACCUGCAAUGACCAAGCUGGCCCCAAGAACUGUUCCUCAUUGCCUUGUGUAGAGACCUGCCAGUGCAAUGAGGGAUUUGUGCUGGAUGCUGGAAAAUGCAUCCCCAAGUCUGCCUGCGGGUGCAUAUUUGAGGGGAAACUCUUCCCUCCUGGUGAGCAGUUCUGGGGAGACGACACCUGCACAAAACAAUGCACCUGCAAUGCGCAGACAAGACAAGUGACCUGUGAAGCAACAAGCUGCAAGAGUGGUGAGCAAUGCUGGGUGGAAGACGGCAUCAGAAACUGCUACCCCAUCAGUUAUGCCACCUGCUCCGCCUCAGGGGACCCCCACUAUAUCACCUUUGAUGGCAAAAAGUUUGACUUCCAGGGCACCUGUGUAUAUCAGUUCACUGGACUGUGUGAGAAGAGAAAUGGCCUAGUUGAUUUCCUGAUUCUUGUCCAGAAUGAUCAUCGAGGAAGCCAAUCUGUGUCCUUCACCCAAGUUGUAGAGAUCAAUGUUUAUGAGACAGUCAUUGUGAUCAACAGAGCAAACCCUGGAAAAGUCAUGGUGGAUGGCUUGCUGACCAACCUGCCAUAUAAGAUCGGAAACAACAAAAUUUCCAUUUAUAAGAGGGGGCAAGAGGCAGUGGUCCAGACAGACUUCUUCCUGACUGUCACCUUUGAUUGGCAAAGCCGCAUCACUGUGAAUGCACCCAGCACUUAUGCUGGGGCCUUUUGUGGUCUCUGUGGGAACUUCAAUGGCAAGAAAGAGGAUGACAUGACCAUGAGAGAUGGCAGUGUGGCUCCAAAUCCAACAGCCUUUGGACAGAGCUGGAAAGUGCGGGAGGUACCAGGCUGCACAGAGGUCGACAAAGGAGAGUGCUCUGACCUAUCGGCCAUUGAGAGUCACCAACGGGGCCUCAGCACAGGGUGUGGGCUUAUCCUCGACAAGAAUGGCCCUUUCAGAGAUUGUCACAGCAAAGUUGAUCCAGAGAUAUACUUCCAAGAUUGUGUGUAUGAUUACUGCUUUUUUGAUGGCCAGCAAGCUGUGAUCUGCCAGGUUAUUGCCAGCUAUGCGGCAGCCUGCCAGGCAGCUGGGGCGACCCUCCACGCCUGGAGAUCUGACACCUUCUGCAAUUUUUCUUGUGCUCAAAACAGCCACUACGAGCUGUGUGCCAGGGACUGUGCCCAGACCUGUGGCAGCGUCUAUGUUCCAGUCCCCUGCCCGGACAGGUGCCAGGAAGGCUGUGUGUGCGACGAGGACUUUGUGCAGAGUGGCGACCAAUGUGUCCCCAUGUCCCAAUGUGGCUGCUACCAUCAGGGCCGCUACUACUUGGCCGGAGAGAUUUUCUACCCCACAUGUCAGGAGCGUUGUGUUUGCCAAGCUGGUGGGUCUGUGCAGUGCAGAGCCUUCUCCUGCGGCCCCAAUGAGGAGUGCAAGUUGUCAGGGGGCAUCCAGAAAUGCCACCCCAUCAACCACGCCAACUGUUCUGCGUCCGGUGACCCUCACUACCUGACAUUCGAUGGACGGCCCUUUGAUUUCCAGGGCACUUGCACGUACAUCUUGGCGACAGCCAGCACAGGCAACCAGAAUCUGAUACCCUUUACUGUUAUUGUGGAGAAUGAGGCCUGGGGGAAUGGGAAGGUCUCAGUUACCAAGAUGGUCUCUGUCAACAUCUAUGGCAACACACUCACAUUACUGCAAAACAAGCAGGGGAAAGUGAAGGUGAAUGGUUUGUUCCAACCCCUCCCUGCAACCCUUUCUGGAGGACUGCUCCGAGCCUAUCAACAUGGCACUAAAGUCCUGGUCCAGACGGACUUUGGCCUCAUUGUGAGCUAUGACCUGGUUUACCACGUGACGGUCACUGUCCCAGGCAGCUACCAGGGCCAGAUGGGUGGCUUGUGUGGGAACUACAAUGGCCAGAAGGAUGACGAAUUCCAGCUCCCUGAUGGCAGCCUGGUCUCUGAUGCGACGGUAUUUGGUGCUGCCUGGAAAGUGUCGGUCCCUGGGGCAGAAGGAUCCUGCUCGGAUGGAUGCUCUGGGAGCGAGUGCCCAGUCUGCGAAGAGGCGAAGGAGGACAUUUUCAAAUGGCGCAACUACUGUGGGAUCCUCAUCGCAGCUGACGGCCCCUUCAGUGCUUGCCAUAGCACUGUAGACCCCAACUUGUACCUCAACAACUGCAUCUACGACCUGUGCCUGGGCAAUGGGGACAGCCAGGUUUUGUGCAAGAGUAUUGAGAGCUAUGUGUCUGCCUGCCAAGAGGCUGGGGUCUCUAUCCAGCCCUGGAGGAGUCCAUCUUUCUGCCCUCUGAGCUGCCCAACCAACAGUCACUAUGAGGUCUGUGCCAAGGUUUGUGUCACCUCCUGUGCCAGGAUCUCAGACCCUGGAAUGUGCCCAGAGACCUGUGCUGAGGGCUGCCAGUGUGACGAUGGCUUCUUCUUUAAUGGCCAUGGCUGUGUUACUGCAGAAAACUGUGGGUGCUUCAAGGACGGACGUUACUUCCAGGCCAAUGAGACAAUUCUGCUGAAUGAGUGCCAGGAAAGCUGUAUCUGCAUCCCAGGCCAGGGGGUAAAGUGCGAGACCCACAGCUGCACAACUGAGGAGAACUGUGAGAUUCAAGAUGGAGUCAUGGGUUGUUUUAAUAAGGAUCCAUGCAAAGCCUUGAAGUGUCGAGAAAAGGAAACAUGCCAAAUUGAGAACAACCAAGCUACGUGCGUUCCUGAUUUCACAGGAUCGUGCUGGGGCUGGGGGGACCCACACUAUCACACCUUUGAUGGGCUGGACUUUGACUUCCAAGGCACCUGUACUUACACCAUCACCAAGUACUGUGGAAAUGACCCUACCCUGGUACCUUUCACUAUAGAUGAGAAGAAUGACAACAGAGGCAACAACCAGGCUGUGUCCUACGUGCGUUUGACUAACAUCUACGUCUAUGGGUACAAGAUCUCCAUCCACAAGCAGGAAACUGGGAGAAUCAGGUUAAAUGACACAAUCAUCAGCCUACCACUGACUCUUGAAGAUGGUAAGAUCAGGCUUUACCAAAGUGGACUCAAUGCUGUCCUGGAAACAGAUUUUGGCCUCCAUGUGACCUAUGACUGGAACUGGCACCUGAUUGUCACACUCCCCAGCAGCUAUUACGGAACCAUGUGUGGGCUGUGUGGAAACUUCAACCAAAACCCUGCAGAUGACAUGACCUUUCCAAAUGGCACCAAGGCCACCUCCAUUGUAAGUUGGGCCAGCAGCUGGAAAGUCAAUGACCGAGAUCCUUUCUGCUGGGAUUAUUGUCGGGGGAAUUGCCCAAUAUGUGAUGAGAACAAGAAAGAGUUGUAUGGAAAGGAAGAGUACUGUGGAGUGAUCAGCAAAACCCCUGAAGGGCCUUUUAGAGAGUGUCACACCAAAGUGAAUCCAGAUGACUUCUUUGAUAGUUGCAUUUAUGAUGUGUGCCUGAAUGGUGGAGCCAACAAUAUCCUCUGCCAGGCACUGGAGGCCUACGCUACGACUUGCAGGAAAGCAGGUGCUGUGGUGUAUGAUUGGAGGACGCCGUCUGGUUGUGCCUUGCCAUGCCCUGAAAACAGCCACUACGAGGCCUGUGGAAAUGCCUGCCCGGCCAGCUGCUCGAAUCGCACUGCUCCAUCCACCUGCAAAGAGCCAUGUGUGGAAACCUGCCAGUGCAAUGAUGGCUUUGUCCUCAGUGUUGACAAGUGCGUGCCUAUAGGAAGUUGUGGCUGCACCUACAAUGGCAUCUACUACAAGCCUGAGGAGCAAUUCUGGGCUGAUGAAAACUGUGGCUCCCGCUGCAGAUGUGAUCCCGCCCUGGGCAUGGUGGUGUGCAAGCCAGCUUGCUGUAAAGACAAUGAGAGGUGCUCUGUGGUCAAUGGGAUCAGAGACUGCUAUCCCAUCAGCUCUGCUACCUGCUCAGCAUCUGGCGACCCUCACUACACCACUUUUGAUGGGAAGAAAUUUGAUUUCAUGGGCACUUGCAUCUAUCAAUUGGCUGGACUGUGCUCUGAGGACCCAACGCUCAGGCCUUUCCUGGUCAAUGUGCAAAACAACAACCGAGGCAAUAAGAAGGUGUCUUACACCAAAGUGGUGACGUUGGUGGUCUACAACACAACCAUUGUGCUGAGCCAGGAAUAUCCACGUAGGGUGCAGGUUAAUGAAGUCUUUGUGAACCUGCCUUUCUAUUAUGAAGAUAAGAUAAAGGCUUACAUCAGUGGGAACGAGGCUUUAAUCAAGACUAGAUUUGACCUGACAGUAACCUUUGACUGGAAAAGCUACGUCAAGGUCACGGUGCCCAGUACAUACACCAAUGCCGUCUGUGGCCUCUGUGGAAACUACAACUUGAACCCCAAUGAUGACUUGGCCAUGAAAGAUGGUAGCCAAGCAGCCAGCAUAGCCCAGUUUGCAGAGAACUGGAAGGUGGCAGAGGUCCCCGGAUGCUCAGUGGGUUGCACUAAUGACUGCCCAGUAUGUGGGGAGGAACAGAAACAAACCUACAAGGGUGACCAGUACUGUGGGAUCCUCAUCAAGAAGGAUGGGCCAUUCAGAGAAUGCCAUAAGACCAUCGACCCAACAUCCUCCUUUGAUGACUGUGUCUUUGACACCUGCCAGUACCAUGGUCAGCAUGACACUCUGUGCAAUGCCAUCAGUAUCUAUGUGGCAGCUUGUCAGGCCCUGGGCGUUCAAGUUGAACCAUGGAGAUCAGAAUCCUUUUGCAGCCCUGCCUGCUCACUUAACUCUCAUUAUGAUCUCUGUGGAAAUGGCUGCCCUGCCACUUGCCGUGGCCUCUCAGCUCCACAUGGCUGUGAGGUAUCUUGCAAAGAAGGAUGCUACUGCAAUACUGGGUUUCUCCUCAGUGGGGACCAGUGUGUUCCUAUUGGGGAGUGUGGCUGUGUUUACCAGGACAAGUACUACCAGAUGGGAGAGGUUUUCUAUCCCGGUGCCUCUUGCCAAGAGAGAUGCAGUUGUACAACCAAUGGAGUUGUUGAAUGCCAGAAGAUGUCCUGUGGAGCCCAUGAAGAAUGUCGGGUGGAGAAUGGUGUCCAAGGCUGCCACCCUGUAAGCAGGGGUAAAUGCAGUGUGGGUGGAGGCUCCCACUACCUGACUUUUGAUGGACGGGCCUAUGACUUCCAUGGCACCUGCAUUUACGUUUUAGCUAGACUUGAAAAAGCCGAUGCUCAGCUGGCAAAUUUCUCUGUGUUGGUGGAGAAUGAGAAUUCUCUAACAAGAAUGGUUGUGAUAACUUUUCAUGGAUACACCAUUGUCAUUGAGAGGGCAAUGAAGUGGGAGAUCAAGGUGAAUGGAGAGCUCUACACAUUGCCCAUGAGUACAAACGAUGGGAAACUCUGGGUCAACCAGGAAGGGAACAACAUCAUCGUCCAAUCUGACUUUGGCCUCAAAGUCCUUUAUGAUGCCUCUGCUUACGUCUUGGUGUCUGUCCCCAGCACCUAUUGGGGACACUUGAAUGGCCUGUGUGGUAAUUUCAAUGGUGACAGCACUGAUGACUUCACUCUGCCCAACGGAAAAAGCACCCAGAAUGUGGAUGAGUUUGGGAUGUCUUGGAAGGUUCCUGUUCCUAGUGUCAGUUGUUCCGAUGGUUGUGGUGAGAAAUGUCCUGUCUGUGAUACAACCAAUACAGCUCCGUACCAACCCACGACUUCCUGUGGGAUGAUCCAAGCCACAUCAGGCCCAUUCAAGGACUGUCACUCAUUGGUGGACCCUCUUGAAUACUUCAGCCAUUGCCUGUAUGACAUGUGUGUGUCCAAUGGUGCAGGAGAGACCCUCUGUCAGAGCAUUCAGGCAUAUGUGGCUGCGUGCCAAGCUGCUGGAGCUACAAUUGGAGCCUGGAGAACAGACACCUUCUGCCCUCUCACCUGCCCACCCAAAAGCCAUUAUGAGCUGUGCACAAGGACUUGCGAUUUCACCUGCACCAGCUUGUCCACAUCAAGCCAAUGCACAAGAAAAUGUUUUGAAGGCUGCCAGUGUGACAGCGGCUACCUCUUUGAUGGUGCCAGUUGUGUGGCCAUGGAGAAUUGUGGCUGUAUUCAUGAUGGGCGGUACAUCAAGGCAGGAGAGAGUGUUGUCUUAAAUGGCUGCCUAGAGAAUUGCACCUGUCACAAACUGGGCAAGCUAAUCUGUGAGGAAACCACCUGUCAAGCAGGAGAAAUAUGCACCCUCCGUGAUGGUGUGCGUGGUUGCGUGGGGCAGAAAGGAGAGUGUUUGCUCACCCCUGGAGUACGGCUGACCUCCUUUGAUGGUGCCUCUGGGGAAAUUCUCUACAAUGGUGCCUAUGAGUUGGUCUCGCUGUGCAAUGGGCAGGACCCUUCUCGGUUCAGGAUCAUAGCGCUGACCCAGGAAUGCAGUGACUGGGAUUUGGCAAUUGUGUCAACACUCUACAUAUAUUUCCAAGGAAUUUCUAUCACUGUGAAGAAUAACAUGGAGACAUGGAUAAAUGGGUUCCAAGUGCAGCUCCCAGCAGCAGCCCCUGGAGAUGUAUCUGUAAGCAUUUCUCAGGAUGGAGUUUUGAUUAAUUUGGCAUCUGAAGUACAACUUUUACUCAGACCCUGUGGGGAAGUCAAGGUGCAAGUCAAGAGAAGCCUGGAAGGAAAACUGUGUGCCUCCUGUGGGAACUUCAAUGGGAAUGCUGCGGAUGACCUGACGCUGCCCAAUGGGAAGGUAGCAGGAAACCUUGCUGAGGUCAUUGAUGCCUGGAAAGCCAAGGACUUCUCUGGCUGUCAUCCCUCGCCAACCAUGGAAUUCCCAAUUGCGGAUUUGAGUAUCCACUACUGGGAAAUUGUGUCCACCCUCACCAACCGUGAUCCGACCAUGGCAAUGAGUCCUCUGGUGUUCUCGGCCUGGCUGGCCCUCCUGUGUGGUGAAGCAGGGCCCCCAUGCAGAUGGACCCAGUGCAGGAAGAAGGAGAAGUGUGAGAUCAGAAACAGUCAGCCAGUGUGCGUUCCGGAGUCUGAAUCCACCUGCUGGGCUCAGGGAGACCCACAUUAUCACACCUUCGACGGGAGGAACUUUGACUUCAUGGGCACCUGCACCUACACUAUUGCCAAGACUUGCACUCAGGAUCAGACUCUUCCUUCCUUCAGCAUUGAGGCCAAGAAUGAGAACAGGGGCAAUACCCAAGUUUCUUACAUUCAUUUUGUGACAAUCAGAGUCUAUGACAUCACUAUUACUGUGGUCAGAAAUGAGAUUGGACUUGUGAGGGUGAAUAAUAACCAGAAGUCCCAGCUGCCCAUCUCUCUGCAUGAGGGGAAAUUGAAGGUCUACCAGAGUGGGAGCUCUGUCAUUAUUGAGACUGACUUCUCACUGAGAGUCUCCUUUGACUGGUACAGCUACCUGGUGGUGAAGAUCUCCAGCAGCUUUUCAGAGAGCAUCUGCGGCCUUUGUGGCAACUACAAUGGAGACCCAAAUGACGAUUUCACCAUUCUUGAUGGGAGUUUGGCCCCCGGUCCUGUGGAGUUUGGGAGAAGCUGGAAGGUGGAGGAUGGUGACAUGUCCUGCUGGGAUGACUGCAAAGGGGAAUGCAAAAGCUGCCCAUCUGAGAAAGCCAAGAAGUAUGAAGCUGAGCCAUUCUGUGGCUGGAUCAGCAAAGGAGGAAAUGGCCCAUUCAGCCAGUGCCAUGCCGUGAUUGACCCCAAGAUCUUUCUGGACAACUGUGUUUAUGACCUUUGCUUUAAUGAUGGCCUCAAGAGCUUACUGUCUCUACCCUGCCCUGAGAACAGCCAGUAUAAGGCCUGUGGAUCUCCAUGUCCUGCCACCUGCAAUGACCAAGCUGCUCCCAGAAACUGUUCCUCAUGGCCUUGUGUGGAGACCUGCCAGUGCAAUGAGGGCUUUGUGCUGAAUGCUGGGAGGUGCAUUCCCGAGACGUCCUGUGGGUGUGUCUUUGAGGGGAAACUCUUCUCCCCUGGAGACCCCCACUACAUUAGCUUGGAUGGGCAGAAGUUUGAUUUCAUGGGCACCUGUGUGUAUCAGUUCAGUGGGCUGUGUGAGAAGAGAGACAUCCUGGAGAAUUUCCUGGUGCUUGUCCAAAAUGACCAUCGAGGCAGCCAGUCUGUGUCCUUCACCCGGGUUGUGGAGAUCAACGUUUAUGGUACAGCAAUUGUGAUUAGCAGAGAACACCCUGGAAAAGUCAUGGUUAAUGGCCUCCUGAUCAACCUGCCAUAUAAGACCAGAAACAACGAAAUUUCCAUUUAUAAGAGGGGGCAAGAGGCAGUGGUCCAGACAAACUUCUUCCUGAUUGUCACCUUUGACUGGCAAAGUCGAAUGACCAUGAAGGUACCCAAUGCUUAUGCUGGGGCCCUUUGUGGUCUUGGUGGGAACUUCAAUGGCAAGAAAGAAGAUGACAUGACCAUGAGAGAUGGCCGUUUGGCUCCAAAUCCAACAGCCUUUGGCCAGAGCUGGAAACUGCGGGAUGUUCUAGGCUGCACAGAAGUUGACAAGGGAGGGUGCCCUGGCCUAUCGGACCUUGAGAAAAGCCAACGGGAUCUCGGCAAGGAGUGCGGGCUUAUCCUCAACAAGAAUGGCCCUUUCAGAGAGUGUCACAGCAAAGUUGAUCCAGAGGGAUACUUCCAAGACUGUGUGUACGAUUACUGCUUCUUCAAAGGCCAGCAGACUGUGAUCUGCCAGGUUAUUGCCAGCUAUGCAGCAGCCUGCCAGGCAGCUGAGGCAACCCUCCAAGCCUGGAGAUCUGACACUUUUUGCAGUCUUCCCUGUGGUCAAAACAGCCACUAUGAGCUCUGUGCUACAGACUGUGUCCGGAGCUGUGCCAGCAUCUAUAUUCCGGUCCCUUGCACAGCAAAGUGCCAGGAAACCUGUGUGUGUGAUGAGAACUUUGUGCAGAGUGGGGAUCAGUGUGUCCCCAUGUCCCAAUGUGGCUGCUACCAUCAGGACCGCUACUACUUGGCUGGAGAGGCUUUCCACCCAACAUGUCAGGAGCGCUGUGUAUGUCAGGGUGGUGGGGCUGUGCAGUGUGAAGCAUUCACCUGUGGCCCCAAUGAGGAGUGCAAGUUGUCCGAUGGCAUUCAGAAAUGCUACCCCAUCGGCAGCGCCACAUGCUCUGUUUCUGGCGGCACUCACUAUCUCUCAUUCGAUGGACUUCCCUUUGAUUUCCAUGGCACCUGCACAUACACCCUGGCUAAGAGCAGCACAGGCAACAAGAACCUGAUACCCUUUACUGUUAAUGUGGAGAAUGGAGCCUGGCGAGACAGGAAGGUCUCCGUUCCCAAGAUGGUCUCUGUCCACGUCUAUGGCAUGACACUCACAUUUCUGCAGGACAAGGAGGGGCAAGUGAAGAAUAACUGGAGCAAAGUAUCUGUGAGGAAUAGUGUUAUAAUUGGACCAGUAUGGGGACAAAGGGAUAAAAAAAUUACUCCUUCAUGUGAUUCAAGACCAGCUCUUCUUUGCCAAAUAAUCCUCCUCAACAGGGAAAUGUUCUGCUUCCUACAGGUGGACAAUACAUUCCAUCUCCUCCCCGUCACCCUUGCUGGAGGGCAGCUCAAAGCCUAUCAGCAGGGCAUGAAAUUCCUGAUCCAAACUGACUUUGGUCUCAUUGUGAGCUAUGACCAGGUUUACCAAGUGAAAGUCACUGUCCCAGGCAAUUAUCAGGGCCAGAUGGGUGGCGUGUGUGGGAACUACAAUGACCAGAAUGAUGAUGAAUUCCUGCUUCCAGAUGGCAAGCCAGUCACAGAUGUGACUGCCUUUGGCACUGCUUGGAAAGUUGCAGUCCCUGGAGCAGAUGGAUCCUGCUCAGAUGGAUGCCCUGGGAACAAAUGCCCAAUCUGUGAGGAGAGAAAGAAAGCCAUUUUCAAACAGGACAACUACUGUGGGGUCCUCCUUUUGGAAGAUGGACCCUUCGGAGACUGUCAAGUCACAGUGGACCCUGAAGUGUAUUUCAACAACUGCAUCUAUGAUGUGUGCUUGGCCAAUGGGGACAGCGAUGUCUUGUGCCAGAGUAUUGAGAGCUACGUGUCUGCCUGUCAAGAUGCCGAGGUCUAUCUUGAUCCAUGGAGAACUCAGUCCUUCUGCCCUCUGAGUUGUCCGACCAACAGUCACUAUGACAUCUGUGCCGACGUUUGCUCCACCACCUGUGCCAAGAUCACAGACCCUGGAACAUGCCCAGCAAUCUGUGCUGAGGGCUGCCAGUGUGAUGAUGGUUUCUUCUUUGAUGGCCAUGGCUGCGUUACUGCAGGAGAUUGUGGGUGCUUCAUGAAUGGACGCUACUUCAAGCCCAAUGAGAAGGUUCUGAUGAAUGAGUGCCAGGAACGCUGCACCUGCAUCCCACUCCAGGGGCUCACCUGUGAGGCUCACAGUUGUACUGCUGACGAGAAAUGCAAGAUCCAGGAUGGAGUCAUGGGUUGCAUUAAUAAAGACCCUUGUAAAACAGUGACAUGCCGAGAAAAGGAAACAUGCAAGAUUGAGAAUGAACAAGCAAAAUGUGUCCCUGACUACCAUGGGAGCGCUAAUGGCUGGGGAGACCCCCACUACCACACAUUCGAUAGUUGGAAAUUUGAUUUCCAGGGCACCUGUACUUAUACCUUUGCCAAAUACUGCGGAAAUGAUCCUACACUGGUGCCUUUCACUAUAGAUGCGAAGAAUGACAACAGGGGAAGCCAAGCCGUGUCUUACAUAGCUCAGACCCAUAUCUAUGUCUACGGAUACAAGAUCUCCAUCUACAAGCAGGAAAAUGGGAGGAUCAGGAUAAAUGAUGUAAGUGCCAGCCUACCGUUGACUCUAGAAGAUGGUAAGCUCAAACUUUACCAGAGCGGUUCCAGUGCUCUCCUGCAAACAGAUUUUGGCCUCCAAGUGUCAUACGACUGGAACUGGUACCUGGUCGUCACUCUCUCUAGCAGCUACUAUGGAGCCAUCUGUGGCCUAGCUGGGAAUUUCAAUCAAAACCCUGGAGAUGACAUGACCUUUCUAAAUGGCACCAAGGCAACCUCUAUUGUAAGCUGGGCCAGCAGCUGGAAAGUCAAAGACCGAGAUCCCUUCUGCUGGGAUGAGUGCAAAGGGCAUUGUCCAACAUGCAGUGAAAGCCACAAACAGCUCUAUGGAAAUGAAAAAUUCUGUGGAGUGAUCAACAAAAUUUCCGAAGGGCCCUUCGGAGAGUGUCACUCCAAAGUGAACCCAGAUGACUUCUUUGAUAGUUGCAUUUAUGAUGUGUGCCUGAAUGGUGGUGCCAAGAAUAUGCUCUGCCAGGCACUGGAAGCCUAUGCCAAAACUUGCAGGAAAGCAGGUGCCACCAUACAUGACUGGAGGACACCUUCUGGCUGUGCCUUGCCAUGCCCUGAAAACAGCCACUACGAGGCCUGUGGAAAUGCCUGCCCGGCUAGCUGCUCGGAUCGCACCGCUCCAUCCACCUGCAAAGAGCCAUGCGUGGAAACCUGCCAGUGCAAUGAUGGCUUUGUCCUCAGUGUUGACAAGUGCGUGCCUAUAGGAAGUUGUGGCUGCACCUACAACGGCUUCUACUACAAGCCUGAGGAGGAAUUCUGGGCCGACAAUUUCUGUGGCUCUCACUGCAAGUGUGAUCCUACCCUGGGCAUGGUGGUGUGCAAGAAGGCUGGCUGUAAAGACAAUGAGAGGUGUGCUGUGGUUGAUGGAGUCCAGGGUUGUUAUCCCAUCAGCAAAGCUACCUGCACAGCAUCUGGCGACCCUCAUUACACCACUUUUGAUGGGAAGAAAUAUGAUUUCAUGGGCACCUGCAUCUAUCAGCUUGCUGGACUGUGCUCCAAGGACCCAACCCUCAAGCCUUUCACUGUCAAUGUGCAGAACAACUACCGAGGCAACACUAAGGUCUCCUACACCAAGGUGGUGACAUUGGAGGUCUACGAUAUAACUAUUGUGCUAAGCCAGGAAUAUCCUCGUCGGGUGCAGGUUAAUGAAGUCUUUGUGAAUCUGCCUUUCUACUUAGAGGAUAAGGUAAAGGUUUAUAUCAGUGGGAAUCAGGCCUUCAUCAAGACCAAUUUUGACCUGACAGUAACCUUUGACUGGUAUAGCUAUGCCCAGGUCAUUGUGCCCAGUACAUACACCGAUGCCGUUUGUGGCCUCUGCGGCAGCUACAACUCAAACCCCAAUGAUGACUUGGUCAUGAAAGAUGGUAAACAAGCAGCCAGCAUAGCCCAAUUUGCAGAAAGCUGGAAGGUGGCUGAGGUGCCUGGAUGUUCAGCGGGUUGCACUAAUGAUUGCCCAGUAUGUGAGGAAGCAAAGAUACAAACCUACAAGGGUGACCAGUACUGUGGGAUCCUCAUCAAGAAGGAUGGGCCAUUCAGAGAAUGCCAUAAGACCAUCGAUCCAACACGCUUCUUUGAUGACUGCGUCUUCGACACCUGCCAGUACCAUGGUCGGCGUGACAUUCCUUGUGAUGCCAUCAGCAACUACGUGGCAGAUUGCCAGGCCUUGGGCAUUCCAGUUGAAAAAUGGAGAUCAGGCUCCUUCUGCAACCCUACCUGUUCACUUAAUUCCCACUAUGAUCUCUGUGGAAAUGGCUGCCCUGCCACUUGCCGUGGCCUCUCAGCUCCACCUGGCUGUGAGGUAUCUUGCAAAGAAGGAUGCUACUGCAAUACUGGGUUUCUCCUCAGUGGGGACCAGUGUGUUGCUAUUGGGGAGUGUGGCUGUAUGUACCGGGACAAGUAUUACAAGAAGGGAGAGGUUUUCUACCCCGGUGUCUCUUGCCAGGAGAGAUGCAGUUGUACAGACAAUGGAGUUGUUGAAUGCCAGAAGAUCUCCUGUGGAGUCCAUGAGGAAUGCCGGGUACAGAAUGGAGUCCAAGGCUGCCAUGCUGUGGGCUGUGGAAGAUGCAGUGUAUCUAGAGGCUCCCACUACAUGACGUUUGAUAGACGGGCCUAUGACUUCCAGGGUACCUGCACUUACACUUUGGCUGAACUCAACAAAGCAGAUUCUUGGCUGGAAAAAUUCUCUGUGCUAGUGGAGAAUGAGCUUUCCCUGACAAAGAAGGUCGUGAUAUCAUUUCAUGGAUACAUUACCAUCAUUGAGAAGGCAAUGAAGUGGAAGAUCAAGGUGAAUGGAGAGCUCUACACAUUGCCCAUGAGUACAAACGACAGGAAACUCUGGGUCAACCAGGAAGGGAACAACAUCAUCGUCCAAUCUGACUUUGGCCUCAAAGUCCUUUAUGAUGCCUCUGCUUACGUCUUGGUGUCUGUCCCCAGCACCUAUUGGGGACACGUGAAUGGCCUGUGUGGUAAUUUCAAUGGUGACAGCACUGAUGACUUCACUCUGCCCAAUGGAAAAAGCACCCAGAAUGUGGAUGAGUUUGGGAUGUCUUGGAAGGUUCCUGUUCCUGGUGUCAGUUGUUCCGAUGGUUGUGGCAAGAAAUGUCCUGUCUGUGAUACAACCAAGACAGCUCCGUACCAACCCACGACUUCCUGUGGGAUGAUCCCAGCCAAAUCAGGCCCUUUUGAGGGCUGUCACUCAUUGGUGGACCCUCUUGAAUACUUCGGCCAUUGCCUGUAUGACAUGUGUGUGUCCAAUGGUGCAGGAGAGACCCUCUGUCAGAGCAUUCAGGCAUAUGUGGCUGCGUGCCAAGCUGCUGGUGCUACAAUUGGAGCCUGGAGAACAGACACCUUCUGCCCACUCUCCUGUCCAUCCAACAGCCAUUAUGAGUUAUGCUCAAGGAGUUGUGAUUACACCUGCACCAGCGUGUCCACUUCAAGCCAAUGCACAAAAAAGUGCUUUGAAGGCUGCCAGUGUGACAACGGCUACCUGUUUGAUGGUGACAGUUGUGUGGCAAUUGGGCAUUGUGGCUGCAUUUAUGAUGGGCGGUAUAUCAAGACAGGAGAAAGUGUUGUCUUAGAGGGCUGCAUGACGACUUGCACCUGUCAAGCUUUGGGCCAGCUCAUCUGUAAGGACACCAGCUGUCAGGAAGGAGAAAUAUGUGCCCUCAAUAAUGGUGUGCGUGUUUGCAUGAAGAAGAAAGGAGAGUGCUUGCUCACCCCUGGCGCACGGCUGACCACUUUUGAUGGCACCUCUGGGGAAAUCCCACACAAUGGCGCCUAUGAGGUGGUCUCGCUUUGCAAUGAGGAAGACCCUUCUCGGUUCAGAAUCAUAGCAGUUACCCAGAAAUGCAGUGCCGGGGAUUUGGCAACUGUGUCAACACUCCAUGUGUUCUUCCAAGGAGCUCUGAUCACUGUGAAAAAGAACAGAGAGACUUGGAUAAAUGGGUAUCGAGCACAGCUCCCAGCAAAUGUCUUUGACAAUGUAUCUGUAAGCGUCUCUCAGGAUGGAGUUGUGAUCAAUUUGGCCUCUGCAGUACAAGUUCUCUUCAGACCCCAAGGGGAAGUCAAGGUUCAAGUCGAGGAAAGCCUGCAAGGAAAACUGUGUGCUUCCUGCGGGAACUUCAAUGGGAAUGCUGCAGAUGACCUAACGCUGCCCAAUGGGAAGGAAGCAGGAAACCUGGAUGAGGUCAUUCAUGCCUGGAAAGCCAAGGACUUCUCUAGCUGUGAUGCUUAAAAGCCAACGGAGCCACUGUGGAACCCUCCUGGCAUCACUCCCCAAUGAUAUGAAGUCUAUCCUGGAGCUCAGAUCUUCUCUGUAAAAUCUGCUCUAAUGUCAUAAAUGUGACUCAGCCCUCUGCCAGGUGUCUUCUGAUUACCAAUGAAAUUAUGGAACUUUCCCCUAAAAACCAAUAAAUCCUUUUGUGGAAAACUCUUCCAGGAUAUCAAUCUCUCCUCAUGAUUUAUUGUCAUAAUUGGUCUCAAAUUCCCACAUGUAAGAGUGGGGGAAAAUACAGUUGUGAAGAUAUUAAUGAAACUCAAAAUGAUUUAUAACAUAGACUAAUACUAAUAGUCUCAGUCUAAAGCAUGACAACAAAACAGAAGUUGAGAAACUGGCUCUGAAAGAAACAUGGCUAACCUGCAUUCUGGUGAAACCAGCUCUUACACUGGUGGGGGAACCAGCUGGGUGGCCUUACUGGGAUUUGACAAGGGCAUUGUAUAGCAAGUACCACCCACUUAAAAUUGCACGUUAAAAAAAAUCCCCAAUUUCAUAUUAUCUUCUGUCCAGAGGACUGAAAAAAUGGUGUUUCAUUUACAGCAAUUUGAGUAGGCUCUGCAUCUUCCAAAGGGAAACUGAGCUCUGAUUCUUUUGCCAACCAGGGUGCUUAUCCCACCAACUAUUCUCAGGCAACUAUGAACUAGAAGGUCCCACAUAUUUUGACACUGUUUGCACACAAAUAGGAGAGCCUGACAACAGCCUGUUUGAUUAUCCUUAAGGAUCAAGCUGGAUCCAAUGAUAGGCAGAGCUAUCAGUAGGCAGGUCCAACCCUGCAAUAAUUAAAAAGAAGUGGAGGGUGCGGGGAAUGACCAACUUGUGGUUUUCUCCAAUCUAUACAGUUGUUUACUUGUAUGAAGUAAAAUUGCCAUCAUUCACACUAGCUGCCUUAUUAGUGCUAACAUUGCCCUUUGGUUGAGUGGUGGUGAAGGAAUAGUAGGUAGAAACUGCCUUAUACUGAGUUGGGCCAUUGGUCCAUCUAGCUCAGUACUGUCUACACUGACUGGCAGUGGCUCUCUGAGGUUACAGGCAGGGGUCUUUCCCAGCCCUACUGGAAAUGCUGCCAGGGAAUGAGCCUGCGGCCUUGUGCAUUACAAACAGAUGCUCUACCGCCCCGCUUUCCCAAAGAAAAUGUCCCCCAUGUAUUGGUUCUCAGAGCGAACUGUAUACCUCUUUACAAAAGUAUAGGUGGGAUAGGCUUAGGUUUAGACUCUAUAGGUUUAGGUGGGGUAACAUAUGAACACAAUGAAUAUUUUGUUUUAUAAUCUGCAAAUCUCGAUCUGAUCUUUAGCAAUGCAUUUCAUAAGUAGUUUAUACAUUUCUCUCUUCUCUUUUUUUAUUGUAUUUACAUGAUACAUUGUUUGAAUUUCUUUGUAUAUAGGUCUAUGACCAUAAUAAAGUUCUGUUCUAUUCUG